CACGCUCUUUCUCAGAAUCUGUUCCGCUGUAGAGGUGACCUGACUGCUUGAGAAGGCCUUUGCAGGUGCAGAGAUCAACCUUGCAGUUUGCAAUUAUGUCUGAACCAAUCAGAGUCCUUGUGACUGGAGCAGCCGGUCAGAUUGCAUAUUCACUAUUGUACAGUAUUGGAAAUGGAUCUGUCUUUGGGAAAGACCAGCCCAUCAUUCUUGUGCUGUUGGACAUCACCCCCAUGAUGGGUGUUCUGGACGGUGUCCUGAUGGAACUGCAAGACUGUGCCCUUCCCCUUCUGCAGGAUGUCAUUGCAACAGACAAAGAAGAGAUUGCCUUCAAAGACCUGGAUGUGGCUGUCCUUGUGGGCUCCAUGCCAAGAAGAGAAGGCAUGGAGAGGAAGGACCUACUGAAAGCCAAUGUGAAAAUCUUCAAAUCCCAGGGUGCAGCCUUGGAGAAAUACGCCAAGAAAUCAGUUAAGGUCAUUGUUGUGGGAAACCCAGCCAAUACAAACUGCCUGACAGCCUCCAAGUCGGCGCCGUCCAUCCCCAAGGAGAACUUCAGUUGCCUGACUCGCUUGGACCACAACCGAGCGAAGUCUCAAAUUGCUCUUAAACUCGGUGUAACCUCUGAUGAUGUAAAGAAUGUCAUUAUCUGGGGAAAUCAUUCAUCAACCCAGUAUCCAGAUGUCAAUCAUGCCAAGGUGAAAUUGCAAGGAAAGGAAGUCGGUGUGUAUGAAGCCCUAAAAGACGACAGCUGGCUGAAGGGAGAGUUCAUCACGACUGUGCAACAGCGUGGUGCUGCCGUCAUCAAAGCUCGGAAGCUGUCCAGUGCAAUGUCUGCUGCAAAAGCCAUCUCAGACCACAUCAGAGACAUCUGGUUUGGAACCCCAGAGGGAGAGUUCGUUUCGAUGGGCGUUAUCUCUGAUGGCAACUCCUAUGGUGUCCCCGAUGACCUGCUCUACUCGUUCCCUGUCGUGAUCAAGAAUAAGACCUGGAAGUUUGUUGAAGGCCUCCCCAUCAAUGACUUCUCCCGUGAGAAGAUGGACCUGACUGCAAAGGAGCUGACCGAGGAAAAGGAAACAGCUUUUGAGUUUCUCUCCUCUGCAUGACUAGACAGUGGUGUUGACGUCAGCAGACAUCUCAAGGCUGAGGAAUCAAAAUGUCGUCUUUGAGCCUAGUACCAAACAGUAAUAAUGCUACAUUCAAAUUGUGAACAGCUAAAUAUUUUAAAUAGUAUGUGCUUUGUGAUUUGUGAAAGUCUAUCAUGUUGUUAGUGCUGCAAUCUAAAUAAAAGUAUAUUCAA